ACCCUAACCCUCAUGCACACACCCCCAACAGUGAAAACCCUUCCUGAUAUUGUAAUGAUUAACGUACUGAAGGGGGGUUUUCACGCAGAGAAGCGAUUCACGGAGUCAGAGACUAGUUGCGGGCAGCUGAGGAGAAGCACUAACCUGCUGAUUGAAAUGCAAAAAGAGGUGACGAUGCAGUACACAUUGUUGCACACGCUUGUCUGGCUGCUACCAGCGUUCUCAACACAAGAGUUGGUGAGCCUAAGCGUUAGUCCUGACAUCACCGCAGAAUGUGGCAAACCGGUGACCCUGAUCUGCAACGCGUCAUCCUCACAAAGGGAGCUGUCAAUCAAGCGCAUGGAGUGGUUCCAGAACCGCACAUCUGUCUGCUCCGUGAACGAGGAGGGGGACAUCAGGAACCACGCACCCUCUACCAGGGAUUCAUACUGCGAGUAUAAACACGGACAAUUUUCCCUCACCUUUAAAAGCGCAAAGCCGCUGGACAGAGGAAGCUACGCGUGCAAACUGCAAUCCAGCCGAGGAGCUCGACACAAAGUCACCAAGGUGGAGCUGCAAGAGUGUUGCGGGAAGGCAGAAGGUGUUUGGACGAAGGACCGACUCACCUGCAUCUUCAGAAACGUCUACCCGGACGGAGAUGUCCACUGGUUCAACCCCUCUCGCAACCUCUCAUACGGGUCUGUGAGGCGCUACACCUCCAAACAAGUGGAUGAAGGGGGUUGGCUGACUAUUCAAAGUGACCUAGACUUGGAAAAUUUACCUGGGCCCAACAGCUGUUCCUUGAUGAGCCCCACAUCUGGUCGAUACAUUGCAAGCACUUUAGUUCUGAAGCCGCAGUCCCGGUCCUUGGAUGCAACACAGAAACAGACAGACCAGAGCGGGAGUGGAGUAGGAUCGCAUAGACCCAUGUGGACUUUUUUGUUUUCUGCAGUCUUACUUGGUGCCACACUAAAUUAAUGGAUUUGCUAGAGUACGUCCACGUAAUGGAGUGUGUUUGGACAUCGGGGGAAGCGAUGGUUAACAUCGAUUUGUAGCAAUGAGGUACUGAGAUUUCUUUUUUCAUUAAGUCAACCUGCAUUGUCCAACGGCUUACUCUUCUUCCUUUUACCUCUUGAUUGAAGUGAACCGGUAUAGUUAUUUCGAGGCAUUGAAAUUUCUUUUGUCUUAUCAGAGAAUCACGAUUGAUAUCAAACACACAUUAAUAACUGCAAUGACUAAUAAUGACCGAGGAGUUCUGGCUACUUGUUCAAUUUUUGCCUAUAGAUUUAUUUCUGAGGGAGGACGAUGAGAAUGUCUGCUCACAGGUGCGUCCGCUGCGUGUCCUCGGGAUGGUUAUCUACGACUACCCUGGGGACGCCAGCUCUCUGCACCAACACAUCGAAAGAAAGAGCUUUCCGUCUCCAACAGAAUGGAGACAUCAAAAGAUGGGCUCCUCCCAGGAAUUCCCCGCAAACACAGCGUGUGCCUUUGUGUGCAAAAGAAUUGGACGCCUGGGCUCUCAGUGGAGCCAUCGUGGAUGGAUGCUGCCCUCUGGUGAGCGAGCCGUUGUGAGAGUCGGAUGUGACGGCGGCUGCAGAAACAACUAUCUGUCAAUAGGAGGCUUAAGCGGUCAGUGUCCCGGCGGCAGCAGGAACCUCGUUCCCGUCCGCCACCAGCUCUCUGUGCUGCCCGGCACCCUCUGCAAAGGACACAUUUGAGAGCCUUUUCUACACCGAAGGACUCUUUGCUAAUGUUGCCCCACAAGUGCAUGUUCAACUUUUAGCUUUUGAAUGACUUUGAGAUCAUCUCGACUAUUGUAGUGCACCUGGGUUCCCAAUAAUGUCCACAAACACACAUACAUCUACACACCAGUGGGUGUUUGUGGAAUAAAUAUCUUUCAGUUGCAUAAUCUUGAGGAAUAAUUGGUUUUGUAAGAUGUUUUCUUUGACUGGUUACAGAAUGAGGUAUACUGUACAAGCAUGUACAAAUAAGCAUGACAAAGUUAAAGCUAUUUGCAUUUCUUAUCACAAGACUAAAUGAGAAUUUCACAAACUUGUCAAAGCGAGUGACGGUGACUGGGUUAGCCUUACAGGGAGCGGUCUGAUUAUCCAUAAAUACAGCACUUAUUUGUUUUUCCAUUUUGUGAUUCUCAAAGUGAUUAUACUAACUUAAAAGGUUUGGAGAAAGAAAUGUACGUCAUAACUGCUGUAUUCUUUCACAAUUGAGCAUUUGAUUAAAAAUCAAUAAAGCACAUUUCCGAAUGAAAUUUGUAGAAGAUCA